AUGGGUGGCUGCGUUGUCUCGUUGCUGGACGCGAGGAAUCGGUACUCCAUCGUCACCCACAAUGACGUGAUGGAGUACCGACGUCUUGGCGUGCUGAACGUCCCUGUCCCGGACACGGAGAAACCCGACGCGUCAGCUAUCUAUCGCAUUGCUGGCUACGACGAUGCGCAGCAGAAACAACUCUCAAAAGAGUUGUACAACGGGCCAAACCUCACGCAGCGUUUUGAGACAAUUUGCCUUCGCGACCCAAAGCGAAAUGCGCUUGCAUACCGCCCAAUUGAUCGCGUGGAGCAGGAAAAGAUGAAAGACAUUGUUACUGGCAGCGAAAAGGUAAUGGAUGUCACUUAUCUCAAUGAAACUAAGUACAUGACUUUUGAGGCUCUAUGGGAGUGCAUGCUUUCCUUUGGGCGUGGCCUCGCGGAGCUCGGUAUUCGGCCGAACGCCAAUGUCGCCAUUUACGAAGAGACACGUUGGGAGUGGCUAGCGACUAUCUACGGCAUUUGGUCACAGAGCAUGGUGACUUGCACCGUGUAUGCAACAUUGGGUGAGGCCGCGUUGGCGUAUGCACUUAGGGAGACGGAGUGCAGUGCGAUUGUGUGUAACGCGAAGAACGUUGCACGCCUUGUUGAAUUAAUUACUCACGGCAAUAUCCCUCGGGCUUCAAUUAUUUACAACGACACCCUGCCAGCAUCUUUCGAUGCAAAAGGCUGCCGCGUGAUUCCAUGGUCUGAGGUUGUGGAGAUGGGCCGCCGAGUCGCCGAGCAAGUUCCCUUGCGAAUACCGACUGACAACGACUUGACAGCGCUGAUUAUGUACACAAGUGGUACUACGGGAGAUCCAAAGGGCGUGAUGCACACACACGGCUCUCUUGUCGCUGGGGUGAGCGGGUUGAAUUACCGUGUGUUGGAUAAUAUUGGCCCUUACGAAGAAGGUGAAACGUAUUGCGUUUAUCUUCCACUUGCUCACAUCAUGGAGUUUAGUGUCAUGAAUAUCUUUGUCGCACGCGGGGCGUUGAUCUGCUUUGGUACCCCGCGAACGUUGACGAGGGCUACUGCCCGUCCCACCGGCGACCUUGAGGAAUUUAAUCCGGUUUUUAUCAUUGGCGUGCCACGUGUCUACGAAUCAAUUAAAAAGGCAGU